UGCAUUUUGACAGGGUUGGUCUAGCUGAGCCAAGAUGGCGGACGUUGACGAACAGCUCACUGAUGAGGAGAGGGUCCGCAUUGCUGCCAAUUUUGUCGUCCACGCGCCACCUGGAGAAUUCAAUGAAGUUUUCAAUGAUGUCCGGCUACUGCUCAACAAUGACAAUCUGCUCAGGGAAGGGGCGGCUCAUGCCUUUGCCCAGUAUAACAUGGAUCAGUUUACGCCCACCAAACUUAAGGAAGAUCAGGUGUUGAUCACAGAGCAUGGAGACCUGGGAAACGGGCGCUUCUUUGACCCGCGAACCAAGCUGUCGUUUAAGUUUGACCACCUGAAGAAAGAGGCCAGCGACCUGCAGCCCUACGAGGGUGAAGCAGCUCUGGAGCCAUGGAGGGAGGCGUGUGAUGCUGCACUCAGGGCCUACGUCAAAGAUCACUACCCUAGUGGAGUGUGCACUGUUUAUGGGAAAACCAUUGAUGGCCACCAAACAAUCAUUGCCUGCAUUGAAGGACAUCAGUUUCAACCCAAAAACUUCUGGAACGGUCGCUGUCGGUCUGAGUGGAAGUUCAGCUUGUCUCAGGGCGCGACACAGCUGGUGGGCGUGCUCAAGGUCCAGGUGCAUUAUUAUGAAGAUGGCAAUGUGCAACUGGUCAGCCACAAGGACAUUCAAGAGUCUAUCACCAUUUCUAACCCGAAGCAGACUGCUGAGGAGUUAGUUAAAGUUAUUAACAAUGCAGAGACUGAAUACCAGACGGCAAUCAACGAGAACUACCAGAACAUGUCGGACACCACCUUCAAAGCCUUACGCCGACCACUUCCUGUCACCCGUACCAAGAUUGACUGGAACAAGAUCCUUAGCUAUAAGAUCGGCAAAGAGAUGCAGAACGCUUAGAGCUGAGCCUGCAUGCCUCCCCCUCUGCUCACAGUACAAGCCAAGAAAUGACCUGCGGGGGGCUGGGCUUGAGCUCGAGGCCAGGGCCAGGCUUGGGCACAGGCACAUAGGACACAUGUGCUAAUUGUCCUUGUUUCCUUUUUCUUUGUUUUUUUUUUCCUCUCUUUUCUUCCAAAGGCCAAGGUUUAACCUCAGCUAAACAGACUGCCUCCUUUUCUGUAUUGUCGGAAGGCUGUGAGAUUGUUCUGUUGGGUGUAGCAAUGGUCCUUGCUGUUGAACCAAUACCUCCUGCAACACCAGUGCACAGGGUCAGAAAUGUAAUAUUCCCACUUUUUCACGUUUUAUCCCCCACCUCCCUGAUUAUUACGCAUCACUCAGAGAGGGGUUUGUGGACACCGAUUCAACUAUGUCCUUGACCAAAUGUUUCAUCUCCACUAAUGAAAAUGCUUUUUUAAAUAUGCUUUGGAAUAGAGUUUAACUUUAUAAAUUUUCUUCAAAGACAUUGAUUUUAAUCUAGGAUUCCAAUGUUUUUUUGUUUUUUUUUUAGCGGAUGGAAACAAAGACUGAAGAGGUUCUUUGUAUGAAGAAGGUUUAGGGUGAUUACUGCUUAGGUUACUGCUUUUUUUUCUUAGAAUACUUAGAAUAGCCUUUAUACAUCUUAAAUACCGUUUACACGAGCUGCUACCCUGAUUUGGAUUACGCCGAAAAAAGAAAAAAAAAAAAA